GGCAGCUCGCUCGCUCCUGGCUGAGUCCUGGCCUGGGACAGUGUCGGUGCUACUGGUGGAGGAGAAGGAGGUGGAGAAAUAGAUUAAAGGAUAAUCAUCGGAAAAAGUGAACAAUCCCCAACCGAUUAUACUGUAAUAUAACAAAGGUCAUUGGAGCCUAGAGAUAUGAUGGUGAUCUUUAUUGGCACAAGAAGAACACUGACAUUGAUAGAGAUCUAACAAGAACGUUUCUAAAUGUUCUUUAUAACGUUAUUUUUAUACAAGUUAUAUAAUCAAUACUCGUGGUGCUAAACUGGCGGGAAGGUACAAAAAUAACAGAAAAAUAAUAUAACCAAUAGUCACAAAACCAACUUGCGUGGACUGUACAUUCUAACGUCAGUGGACAAUAACCAGAGUAUGGCCCUCAACCUAACCAAGUACCUGCCUGGAUGGAAAGCUCUGGGAUAAUUAGUCUUUUUUUUUUACAGUCUUGUUCUAAGCAAUGAUGGGUGUUGGUGGGGGCAGGAGUGGAGUGUGGAGGAGUGGAGCCAAAUGGAUCUUCCAGCAAGGCGACCCACACCCUUUUAAAGGAGGCGUGAUGCUGAUAGGAGUCCGCAGGAAGCACUGGGUGUUGCUGUCACUCACUCUGACGGGCGCCCUGCUACUGGUGGUGUUCAGUGUGAAGCCGCUACAGACCACUAUCCCUCUACCAGGAGAGAACGGGAUAGGAUUUUUACGCAGGAGGAUUGCCAACGACGAUAGUGAAGGAACAACGAGUGUGGUGUCUCCUCCGCUCCUCCCGCUGGAUUCGCCUGUUGACUCCAGCCACCAGGACGUCUCCCCCACUCACUCCGCGGCUCCUCCACACUCACCUGUCCACCUCACUAAAGAAGAGCGGGAACAGUUAGCCAAACAAGGUGUUCUACUCGUUGAGGAUGAUGAUGAUGAUGGUGAUGAUAGUAUAGUUGGCAGUCGUCCACAACAACCAAAAAAUCAGGAACACUUACAACAGCGACAACCACAACAACAGCAACGACGACUACCACAACAACGACAACCACAGCAACAACGACAACAACAACCAUCACAACAACAACGGCAACUACCACAACAACAACGACAACCACAACAACAACAACCAUCACAACAACAACAACGGCAACUACCACAACAACAACGACAACCACAACAAAGACACCUUCCACGAGAGCAAAAUGGUAGCCAGCACGAACAGUGGUUACAACAGAUUGAAUUACAGCAUAAGAAGUUCCUCAAAGAUCAGCAUAAGUUACAGGAGCAUCAUCUACUUGAGGCACAAAUGUUACAGCAAAAAUUACAGCAAGAAGAAUCACAAAGUAAACUUGGUAAUCAGAAUCAAGUACAGCAACGAGCCAUUCCACUACCCGGCAACCUGCAGAGCUAUAAUAAGUCCGUUGUGUCAAGGACAUCACGGGUGAGUCAAAACUGGACUGGCGCCAAUCGUAGCCGACCUGUGCUUAAGAAACAGACAGUUCCUCCCAUGCCUCACAUAUCUUACGACUACCUGAAGAAACACGGCAUGACGACCUUUAGCUUUAUAAUCAGAAGAGAAUUCAAUAAUGUUAAAAGGGACACCAAUUUCACCCCGGGAGAAAAGGUGUCUCCUUCACAGGUGCGCAGGGUAAUUAUCGUCUCCACCUGGCGGAGUGGAUCAUCGUACCUGGGUGACCUGCUCAGAGCAUACCCAGGAACAUUCUUCAGCUAUGAGCCUCUCCACCACCUAUUGAAAAAUCUUCACUUGCAGGAUGGCCCGUUGGUUGAAGAGGUACUCAAACUCCUUCGAGACAUCCUAACGUGUGACUAUAGUAAACUAGAUGUCUAUGUGAACUACAUGCGCAAUAAUACUUUCCUCGUAGAUCACAAUACUCGACUGUGGAAUUCCUGUGCCAUGAACCGUGCCCUCUGUUUCGACAAAGACUAUAUAUCAGAGGCAUGCAAAUACGCUCCUGUUAAUGUGUUGAAGACGGUGCGGAUGGGACUUUCUCCAGCGAUUCAGCUGCUGCAGGACACGAGCUUAGAUGUGCGAGUGAUCCAUCUUGUGCGUGAUCCCCGAGGGUGUCUACACUCACGCAGGAAGCUUUCAUGGUGUCACUCCCAGGCCUGCAGCGACCCAGAGACUGUCUGUAAAGAUCUUCUAACAGACCUUAAACUCUCUGAAACUGUUAAAGCAAACUUCCCGGACAGAUAUCUAAUGGUUCGAUAUGAAGACAUGGGCCUUCAACCAGGGAAAAAGGCCAGAGAGAUCUUCAAAUUCCUGCAACUGUCGUACAAUAAAUAUGUGGCCACCUUUGUCAAAGAUCACACCACUCCUAACAGAAAAACUAAAAGGAGGGGCAACGGCAGCCCGUACAGUACUUUCCGAGACUCCCGAGCUACCACAUUUGCAUGGCGUGGUGAUCUCAACUUUACUACUGUCGAGGCAAUUCAGGACGUGUGCAUACAACCUCUUCAACGACUACAGUUAAGAAUAUUCCAAAAUGAGGAAGAUUAUUUAAAUACCACAAUUCCAGUACUAUUGAAUGCUUGAUUUAAUUUACUGUACAUAAUUUUAUUUUUAUUUUAUAUUAAGGGUUAUUCAAUCUCUGUGUGAUUUUAUGACUGUACCAAGAUAUUGUUAUAAUGUUAUUACUACGCUUCAACAACUAAGGUGUUUAAGCGCAUAACAAGGUUAAUGAUUACACUAGUCAAUAAUCAUUCAUUAUGAGAGAUAUAACUCUCUGUUGUGUUUUACCCAGCUUCUUCUCAUUAGAUUUUCUGGCAGUCAGGGCAUGCGGGUUUUCCAGCAAUCUAUUUCAUCAACUGUACAGAUUUAUUAGGAAUUUUUUUAUAUAUAGUUACAUUAUUUGUGCGUGUUCACCUCUGAUAAGUCCAGGAAAUUACAUGUUGCUGGGGCAUGAGGAGACUAAAUAUUAUUGUUUAGUUUCAGGUUUAAUGAUUAAUUACAGCCAUCACACAAAAUCCAAUAAAAUGCAUUUGCUAUAUCUUUAAGUACACUAAAAGUACCUGAGACGUUUAACAACCAGCAUACAGACAACAAAAUCGUACCCAGUAAAACAUCCUUGGAAAAAUUAUGCAUGUGACACGUGAUCUGAUCUUUACUUGAAAUAUUUUUGCAUUUAUGCUGACAGAUGUGUAGACCUGUUACUGUAUAAUGAAUGGUGUAGUAGAGUUUACAGUAAUACAGUAUUAGUACUGUACUGUACUGUACUCAUAUAUCUCAGUAGAUAUUCAUUGUCAACUCAGUUAUUUUUAUUACUCGGGAGUCUUUAUAACAAAUUUAUUUAGAAAAUUAAAAGUACAGCAACAUCAUAAAAAUAUUGGAAGAAAAACAAUCUCUCAUAUUUAUAAAAAAAUUAAUAAAACAAAAGUGCAACACAACAAUAAUACAAUAUCUCAAACAAGAGGCCUCUGUGCUUAGUGAAGAGCAGCUGUUUAUUACACUUGUCUUUGAUUUAUAAAACUUGAUUCUCAUUUAUCAAAGAUGUGUGCAUUAAUUUUUUCCCUUAACUGGGCAGGAGAGAUAACAAGAAUUUUGAAACCACUAAGACCACCAGUUGUGUGUUUAAAUGAGUAAGGUAGCUGCCUUCUCACAUCUACUCCAAGGUAUAUUAUAAUGUACAGUACAGGAAUUAUAGAAUCAAAGUAAUGAAGAGGAUAAAUAAUACAUUACAUGGGUUAUGCAUCAUUUGGUUCAUCUGCUGGCAUAAGAAACCUCUGCCAAAAUAUCAGGAGUUAAGACAGGAGUCGUAUCAGAAAUUCAUAGUUGGUUCGUGUCUUAUUUUGGAACCUUUAUGUGUGUAGGUGUCGUCAAUGAAGACCUAAUUACCUAAAAUUUUGGGUCAUAUACAAAAAUUAAGAUGAGUUAUGAAGCUAUUUACAUAUUCAUCCCCCAAAACACCUUAAUUUUUAUGCAUACCCACAGACACACUACAAUGUUUUCUUUGCAUGCAUUCACACUCAGCUUGCUAAGACAAUGCAGUACUGUGGCAACUUUGAACCUCUGAUAUUACCCGUAAGUAUAAUGUAACACUACUCUUCAGUGGCCAGUAAGACAGUUAAAUUAAAAAGUUUUUAACAUUAAUAAUAUUUCACAUCAUUGUAUUGCUUCCUUCUUCUACAACAGUUUGAAGGUGAACUAACAUCGUACAUAUCAAAACAAUGAUGUACCGUACAUUCUUAAAUAGAAGAGAUAAAAGUGUGAUAUUGUUUGCCAUCUCCAUAUUGCUUCUGUCUCUUUCCUAUUCAGUUUUUCUACCAUAGCCUUCCAUUGCUCCCAGUUUGAACACAUUAUGGAAACAUUAACUUUUGUUUGCAAUAGUUAACAGGAAAAGCAACCAAGAGGAUAUUUUACAUCAGAAAGCCUUCACAAACACAUUGUAAUGCAGGGGAGCAGUGUGUUUCCUUGUGUUGAUAUUAUUGUACUUUAUCCAUUUCCUCACUUGUUUGAAGAUGUACUGAGUCCAGUCGCCAUCUCGGUUCCUUCUCUUAAGAACUAAUGCAAGAAAAAAUUAUCUUCAAGACUUAACAGCGUUUGUGUUAAGCCUUUCAUGAGGUGUGUGGAGAAUGUGUGAUGUUCUCUAUGUGAUAGUGGAGUGUUGGCUAUAGGGUGAACACUGUAGUUGGUAGAGAAACUCAUGUUCUGUAUUGCUGUAUUGUUCGGGUUUUUAUUAUGUACUGUAGAGUAUCCUGAAUUUAUAUUGUCAUUCAGUGCUGAAGUUUCACAUCCGUUUGAGAAGAAACAAACAAGCACUUUGUUCUUCAUACAAAAUUGAAGACAAACUUCCGAGACGAAAUAUUCACUACAACAAUUGUGCAUUACACACAAGCACUAAAGUUAUCUCACUGUAUUCUAAUGUAAACUCAUACUUUCUUAUGCUUAUAUUGCUCAUCAUUCAUUAGAUGUUUCAUGUACCAGUACUAUAUUGUACUGUACUGUAAUAAUUAAACAGGACAUUUCUGGAGCCUUAUACAGUAUUAUGUUAUGUUUUUAUGCCUCAUCUUAUUAAUUUAAUGUCUUUUGCAUUUUUACAAUCUUUAUGAGAUGCAAAAAUGAACUAAUCAAACUAAGCUAAAGAGCCCCAGUUAAACUCAAUGCUGUAUUUAUGUUCUCUGGCUACACAUUCGUCCGGUGUAACUAAUAUCAAGUUUUUUACCAAACACUUCAGUUUUUCUUGUGGAAAUAGAGUAUAAAGAUUGAAAAAUUAUUCAAUAGAAGAAUUAAUUGCCCAUUUGUGUGUUGAAUAUUGUAUUAACCUUUAUACCUGUACCGUAUUUAAACACAAAUUAAAUAAGCUAUCAGUACAGAAAACUGUUAGACUUACUUAAUUAGACAAAAAGUUGUAAACUGUUGUAAUAACCUGCCUGAAAAUGAUGUGAUGCGCCUCGAGGCUGACAAGUGGCAAAGAGGAUAAAUUCAGUACAAUAUUGUAAAGUACUGUAAUUACUUAAACAUAACACACGUAACCACAAAACAAAAUACAGUACAUAUAGAGGUUACUGGAGGGUCUUGCUGUUAGUUUAGUUUACUGUCACUACUGGAAGAUCUCAUGUUGUACUGUACAGUAGCAGGAUAAUCUUGUAACACCCGCUUAAACACAGUAUUUAUAAAACAAUGGAAAUAAGAAUAUAAAAUUUAUAACUAUAUUUUUCAUGUAUACUAUAAUAAUAUGAUGUAAAUAAAUUUUAUAUUGAUACA